CAAGACAGCCCGAAAAAGUCUAAAUUUUAUCCAAUCAUAUUUCAAGAAUGACGUUGCCGCCUCAGACAGCCCAGCGUUCAUGAUUUGCUGCUCUUCUUUUCCUAUUUGUACGUCCGGUCGUCUUUCGCUUGCAUGAGAACAAUGAACGAUUUUCCCGAGGGAUACUUUUACAUACAAUCGCGCGAAUCGGGCAAAGUCAUUGACGUCGACGGAGCCUCGAUGAAGAAUGAUGGCAAAAUACUGAUAUGGACCCCGAAACAUAAUGAUGACCGGGAUAAUCAAUUGUGGUAUUACCAAGAUGGCUUCUUGAUUAACAAACAUUCUGGAAAAGUAUUGGAUGUUCGAGGAGGCCCUCUGGUUGAAAAUGCAUGGAUUAUUCAGUAUGAUCGCAAGAUCAUUGCUGAUGCGCAUAAUCAACGAUGGGGAUACAAAGACGGUUACAUUUAUUCAUUGGCAGAACCGCACCUUGUGUUGGAUAUUAAGGGUAACUCGAUGGAAGAUGGGACACGACUGAUACUGUAUCGAAAAAAGAUGGCCUUUCACAACGCAAAUCAGCUGUGGGAUUUGGUGCCUGCUGGGGAUGUUCGUGGGGAAAGAGAUGUUCUGUUCGAAGCCGAUUUUGACUGAUAAAACAAAAUCUUAUGUCACCCGAGGCAAGAGAAGAAGAAGCCCAAUAUUCAUUGUAACAAUAUCCAUUACCUAGUCAUAUUUGAUCGAUUUAGUAGAUGCUUUGUCUGAUAUAACUUGAACUGCGAUCGAUCAGAUCAAUGUGGUCUGAGACGCGCCAUUCCUUUUUUGCCUCAUCCAUAUCAAAUAUCAUAAAGCCAUCAUUGCAUCCUGAAAGAUACUGACUAGCGUGAAAUAUGACAUUACUAUGUAAGAUGGGUCCUUGCAUUGCUGGGAUUGAUUAUCGU